CAUCCUCUGCAGCUGAGGGAGAAAGCGCGAAAGUAAAGCAGUUGGAUUAUGAGAGGCGACGUGCAAAGGUUAUGAAGAUGUGGAGCUGGGUAAUCCCACUGGCUGUGCUGCUCUCCUCCCUGCCUCAGACCAGAGCACAAGGGCGUUGUAAUAAUGUACGAGCUGCAGACAUCGUGUUCCUGGUGGACGGCUCUUCCAGCAUCGGCCGUACAAACUUCCUGCAGGUCAAGGGCUUCAUGGCAGGCAUUGUGAAACCCUUCGCUGACUCCGUGGGUGCGACCGGGAUUAGGUUUGGGGCUGUGCAGUACAGUGACACCUCCAGAGUGGAGUUCACCUUUGCCACCUACCUUAAUGGGACAGAGCUGGUCAAUGCUGUGGAGAACCUUAACUACAAGGGGGGCAACACUCGCACCGGGGCUGGGCUCAAGUUCGUUGCCGACAACUUCUUCAGUGCCUCUUCUAUCCGCGAUGUCCCAAAGAUCACCAUCUUAAUCACAGACGGCAAGUCUCAGGACAGCGUGAGGGAGCCAGCACAGAAGCUGCGUAGUCUGGGGAUCAAAAUUUUUGCUGUGGGUAUAAAGAAUGCAGACGUGCAGGAGCUGGGGCUGGUGGCCUCCGAACCACAGGCUGACUUCUCCUUCUUCGUGGGGGACUUCAAGAUCCUGGGCACGCUGCUGCCCCUGGUGGCACCCCGCGUUUGUGCCAGCUCGGGCGGUGUCUACGCCAGUGAUGAGGCCUUCUCUGGUCCCUCUAACCUACAGUUCACAGGUGAGACCUCAGAUUCCCUGAGAUUCCGCUGGACACCUGCAUUGGGCCCUGUGAGUGGCUAUGUUGUGCAAUACGUGCCCCUUUCUGGACUGGGUCAACCAAUCACAUCUGAGCUGCGACAGGAAACAGUGGGGCCAGGAGAGCGGAAUUAUGUUGCACGGGAGCUUAAAUCAGACACUGACUACCUGGUGACUGUCAUCGCUCAGUACCCUAACAGUGUUGGGGAGUCUGUCUCUGCCAAGUCCAAGACCAGGCCACUUCCGGGCGUGUCGAACCUGCGGUUGGUGCAAGCGGGAUUCUUCUCCCUCUCACUUUCCUGGGACGCCCCCUCCAACCAAAUCCAGGGCUACAGGAUCACCUAUGGACCGAGGGGUCAGCAGGCCUCUCAGUUGUCGGAACAGUCUCUUGCGGCGGACUCGUCCUCCGUCACCCUAGAGGGGCUGAAGCCUGACACAGAAUACGUCAUUAACCUGUACCCCCUCUUCCCUCGUAAUUCUGUCACCCCUGCCACCGUGACCGCACGAACAUUGCGUCUGGAGUCCGUGCAGCAACUCGCAGUUGAGAUUGUGUCUGAAAGAAGCGUCCGUGUGCUGUGGAAGGGAGUGGGUGGAGUCAGGGCUUACCGCCUGGUCUGGGGCCCAUUCACAGGUCGAGAUGUUCAGAGAGCAGAGGUGCCAGGGGACAGCGAGUCGUACACGCUGUCGAACCUACGGCCAAACACAGAGUACAUGGUCACUGUCAUAGCUCUUUAUGACAACACUGAGGGUCCACCCGCCACCAGCAGGUUCAAAAUAGACCGUCUUGAACAGCAGGUUCUGCGGGCCACCACCACCGGGCCCAGUUCUAUUCGGCUAAACUGGAACGUGAUCCAGUCUGCCCGUGGAUACCGCCUGGAGUGGAGACAGGGGGAGGGGGGCAGGGUACAGAGACAGUCCUUUCCCAGAAGCACCUCAAGCUUUGAGCUGACAGGGCUGCAGCCAAACACAGAGUACCUGAUCACCCUCUACACACUUUACGAGGGCCGCGAGGAGGCCACGCCCGUCUCCACCUCUCCGACAGUGGGACAGCCAGUAGGCCGCAUAUCCAACCUGCGUGUUGUGGAGUCUCUAGGCAACAUCGUCCGACUUGGCUGGACUGGUGUCGCCGGGGCAACCGAGUACCGGAUUAUAAUCUUAAAUACUGAAACGGGGACUGAAGAAACCCGCAAUAUCCCCGGAAACCAGACAACCCUUGACCUACAGGGUCUCUCUGAGGGUGUGUCGUAUGGCAUCAGUGUGACCGCAGUGGUGGGGGACAAUGAAGGUGACCCUGUCACAGUGACCAUCAGAGCAGAGCAAUCAGUCGACAGGGUAACCAACCUGCGAGUGACAAAUGUCAACAGCCGCCGAAUCAGGAUCGCCUGGGGAGGGGUUGCUGGAGCAACAGAAUAUAGGGUUACCUGGAGACAAGGCAAUUUUGCAGAGCAGUCCCGCACUGUAGAGGCAGACUCCACUAUCUUUACAAUUGAGGGUCUGCAGCCAGGUGAAGUGGUGAAUGUGGGUGUUGCUGCUGUGAUUGGCCAGCGAGUUGGGGAGGCGGUGACACUCACAACCAGGACCAAUCCGCACGCCGGGGGUACUAUUUCUGGACUGCGAGUGGUGGACACCACUGCUCGCAGGAUACGUAUCACCUGGGCACCUGUCUCCAGGGCAAGUGGCUAUAAGAUCACCUGGCGCCAUGGAGAUGAUGUGGAAGACUCCAGCACAGUGGCUGCAGACACCACAUCCUUCACCAUUGACGGCCUCCGGGAAAACUCUGAGUACAGGAUCGCAGUCUCCUCUGUGAUUGGCUCAAGGGAAGGACCUCCCUCCUACGUGAACGCCAAAACAGGUACAGAGCAAGUCGUGGGAACAGUGACCGGGUUACAGGUACAGGAACCCCACGGUGAGGUUGUGAGGCUGACCUGGGUUGGAGUCCAGGGAGCGACUGCAUAUCGGGUGAUUUGGAAACGCACUGAUGGGGGGCCGGAGCAGAGCCAGCUGGUGGGGGGGAACGCGACGGCGGUGGACCUGAGCGGGCUGGACCCGGGGGCACAGUACGAGGUGCAGGUCAUUGCACUGGUCCAAAAUCGGGAGGGAUCGGCUGUCUCUAUCAGGGUGGUAACUCGUGAGUACCUGAAGUGUCCCAUUCUCUAUCCUGUGACAGGCCUCCGGGUGGCUGAUAUUACCCAGAACUCUGUGCUGCUGGGCUGGAUCCCACUGGCUGGUGUCACAGGGUAUCUGCUGCGUUGGAGGGAUGAGCGAGAUCGUGGGGAAGGGCAGUCUCUCACUCUCCCAGGCUCAUCCAGCUCGUAUCGGGUCACUGGGCUUCGGCUGGGCCAGCGGUACCGCUUCACCAUUCAGCCCAUUUUCGAUAGAGAGAGGGGACCAGAGGCCUCUGUUCAGGAGCGCACAGUGUGUGUGGACGGCCGUUUGGACGUGGUGUUUCUGGUCCCUGCCUCUCGGGACCGGACGGGACUGGCGGAUCCUCUGCUCUCUCUCCUCGCCAGCGCGGCCGGAUCCCUGACCACCAUUGGGGCCCGCGACUCUCAGGUGGGGAUGGUAGUGUACAGCUCACAGCCCAAGGUGCGGUUCUUGCUCAAUCGCCAUAGCAACAGCGAGACCCUGCUGCAAGAGAUCUUGACCACGACCUUUGAUGAAGAGCCAGGAAAUGCCAUAGGCCAGGCAGUGACCUUCGCCAGAGAGUACCUGCUCACCACCUCUGCUGGUCGCAGACCCAGGGUUCCUGGUGUUCUGGUCAUUAUUGCAGAUGGCAAAUCCACCGAUGAGCUCGUUGCCCCUGCUGCUGCCGUCCGGGCCUCUGGUGUGACGGUGCUGGCGGUGGGGCUGGGGCGUGCGGACUCAGAGGAGCUGCGGCGCGCAGUGACUGACGGCAGCACGCAGAAUCUCCUAUACAGACGCGAUGCCGCCCUGCUGGGCCGCCUGCACUCAGAACUGGCAGAGCUGCUCUGCGGGCUGGCACGAGCCCCCGGACCGGAGGUGUGCACAGUGCAGUGUCCACGGGGUGAGAAAGGGGAGCGAGGCGAAAAGGGGGAAAGGGGCAGAGACGGACUCGAUGGACGAAAAGGGGAACCCGGUAGAGAUGGCUUGCCGGGGAGGGAGGGGCCCCGAGGCCCGGAGGGCCGGCCAGGGCAGCCAGGCCUCAGCGAGGGGCCUUCUGUGCGAGGGGAUAAAGGCGAAAGGGGCUUUCCGGGACUGGAUGGGUCUCCGGGUCUACCCGGGCGUCCCGGGACCCCGGGGCCUGCGGGUGUGCCAGGGUCUCAAGGGCUACCUGGUGUCCGAGGAGACCCUGGUGAGCCAGGUGUGACAGGACCACCAGGCCCAAAGGGGGAGAAGGGAGAUAGGGGGGACUCUGGGUCUUCUGUUGGGCCGGGUCUGCCAGGACGGAAAGGAGAACCUGGGAUUCCUGGAAUACCGGGAACCCCAGGUCGCCCAGGGAGUGAUGGAGCUAAGGGCACCCUGGGGCCACCAGGGCCCCCUGGACAAGAUGGUCGCCCUGGGAUACCAGGCACCCCAGGGCUUUCCAUCAAGGGGGAGAAGGGCAACUCUGGCGAGAGGGGGCCACCAGGUGUAGGCAGUGGAGUUGCAGUGAAGGGGGACAAGGGGUCACCUGGUGAUGCAGGAGCUCCUGGGACCCAGGGACCCCGUGGAUUGACAGGACCAGCAGGACCUAAAGGAGACAAGGGGGACUCUGGAGAGGGGUUGCCCGGCACUCCAGGGAGAGCAGGCGAGCCGGGAGACAGGGGUCCAAGAGGCCCUGCAGGAGAAAGGGGCAGUAAGGGUGACAGGGGAGAAGCAGGAGAACCUGGGUUACAAGGGGACAGGGGUGAGAGGGGACCACCUGGCCCUGCAGGGGAGAGGGGGGAGUCAGGCAAACCAGGCUUACCUGGAGCUCCAGGACUUAGGGGCUUGCCAGGGAGCAAUGGGCAGCCAGGGGAGAAGGGAAAUGAGGGAGCUCGUGGGGAGCCAGGGCGAAGUGGUCCGGGGUUGCCUGGGAGCAAAGGUGAACGGGGUGACCGUGGCUUGCCCGGCUCGGAGGGUCCCAAAGGGGCGAGGGGGGACCCCGGAGAGAAAGGUGAAAAAGGGUCUCCAGGUCCAGGGUCACCAGGUCAGGCAGGACAAAAGGGUGAACCAGGGGAAAGGGGUAACCCUGGUUUGGCUGGUAGGCCAGGUGUCAAGGGGGAUCGAGGUGAUCCAGGUGAGGCGGGGGAGUCAGGGCGAACAGGAUCCCCAGGUCCAGUGGGGCCAAGAGGGAAAGAGGGGGAGAAAGGAGAGAAGGGGGAUGAAGGCACUCCGGGCGAGUCAGGUUUGCCAGGGAAGUCAGGGGAGAGGGGCCUGAGGGGUUUGGCGGGUCAGCCUGGGCGCCCAGGAGAGAAGGGUGACCAGGGAGAUCCUGGAGAAAGUGGCCGUAAUGGCAGUCCUGGAGCACCAGGAGCGAGGGGGGAAAAGGGGGAUCAGGGAGCCCAAGGGCCACCAGGACCCCCAGGGAAAAUGGUGGACCUGCAAAGGCAGCUGAAAGGGGAGAGGGGAGAAAAGGGUGAUGCUGGUGACCCUGGGGAGCAUGGAGCCAAAGGACAGAAGGGGGAGGUGGGGCCUCAAGGGCCCCCAGGGCUGCGAGGAGCUGAUGGGCUUAGAGGACCCCCAGGACCCAGGGGUGAUACAGGAGACAGAGGAAGCCCAGGGGAAAAGGGUGAGCGAGGGGCUUCUGGGUUGGAUGGACGCAAUGGGCUGGAUGGCAAACCAGGCGGGCCAGGGCCCGCAGGACUCCGGGGGGAUCCUGGAAAACCCGGGGAGCCAGGGAGAGAUGGUCUCCCAGGACUGAGAGGGGAGCAGGGUCCUACUGGACCAGUUGGGCCCCCAGGAAACCCUGGCACACCUGGGAAACCAGGAGAAGAUGGCAAACCUGGACUUCCUGGCAAGAUGGGAGAGGAUGGCACACCAGGGGAGGACGGCAGAAAGGGUGACAAGGGGGAAGCCGGAGCCCCAGGGAGAGAUGGACGGGAUGGACUGAAGGGGGAUCGGGGAUUAGUGGGGCCAGCGGGUCCUCCUGGACCCGCCGGCCCCCCAGGGGUCCCUGGAAGUAUUGGACCUCCAGGACAGGUUGUAUACCUGAAAGGCGUGGAGACAGCACCGAUCCCUGGCCCUCAGGGCCCCGCCGGGACUCCAGGGGUCCCUGGAAUUCCAGGAGCUGUAGGAGCCAGAGGAGAGAAGGGAGCAACAGGGUCUAAAGGAGACCGGGGUGACCCAGGAGAGGAUGGUGGACCAGGCAAGCCAGGAACAUCAGUGGAUGUGAAGAAAGCCCUUUCUGAGUUUGGAAUCGAGAUCCUGGACCUGAAGGUGGUGGUGGACAAGCGUGACGUAUUCACCAAGCUGACCCAAGAGAAGGCAGAGAAGGGACAGAGAGGAGACAAAGGGGAACCAGGACAGCGGGGACCCUCUGGGGCAGAUGGGACACGUGGCCUGCCCGGCGAAAGGGGCGUGAAGGGUGAGCAAGGAGAACGGGGGCCAUCAGGGCCCACGGGACCCCCGGGGAGAGCCAUCGGGGAGCGUGGCCCAGAGGGCCCCCCGGGACAAGCAGGGGAGCCAGGGAAACCUGGGAUACCGGGUGUUCCUGGGCGAACGGGCGAGCAGGGCGAGGCCGGGCGGAAUGGAGACAAGGGAGAGAGAGGAGAGAAGGGCGACAAGGGAGAUGCCGGGAAAGCUGGGUCACCUGGAGCAGUCGGUCCCCCUGGACCCAAAGGGGAAUCUGUAGAUGUGUCUUUAGCGGGAGUCCCAGGGGUGAGAGGCCCUCCAGGGCCCGCAGGACCAAAGGGCGAGCCAGGGGCUGCAGGUCCAGUUGGACCCAAAGGGGACAAGGGUGUAGCUGGGUCCCGUGGUGAGAAAGGAGACAGAGGGGAGGCAGGAGAGAAGGGGCGAGAUGGAUUUUCAGGACCACCGGGAGAACCAGGAAAACCAGGACUGGAUGGGAAACCGGGCCAACAGGGGCAGGGUGGUCCUCAAGGCCAGCCCGGAAACCCUGGAGAGCCAGGAAUAAGAGGACCCACUGGCCCUAUGGGUGGUAACGGGCCACCUGGACCCCCGGGGAUCAAGGGGAACCAGGGAGAACCAGGAGUGGGAGUCCAGGGACUUCCGGGUCCCCAGGGCAACAUGGGAUUGCCAGGUCCUCCCGGGCCUCCAGGAGCUAUAGGGCCACAGGGGCCUCCAGGCUUGCCUGGACAAGUGGGUGAGGGAGGCAAGCCAGGGGUUCCUGGGAGAGAUGGCGUGCCAGGGAAGGACGGGACACCAGGACUGCCAGGCAAACAGGGUAUUGCUGGAUCUGUGGGCCUUCCAGGAAUGAAAGGCGAGCAGGGGGACAGUGGCCCCCCAGGAAAGUCUGUUGCAGGACCCCCUGGUGUCAAAGGACAGCCGGGACCUGCCGGCCAGACAUUGCCAGGAACCCCUGGAGAGAGGGGACUUCCAGGAUUGCGUGGUGAGAAGGGAGACAGGGGACCUGCAGGGGUGAAAGGGGAAAGAGGUGUCCUAGGGGAGAAUGGCGAGCCUGGAGAGGACGGAGCAAAGGGAGCACCUGGGCCCAAAGGAGAUAAAGGGGAGCGUGGUGUUGGACAAGCAGGACCCCCUGGUCAGCCAGGUCCCCAAGGAUUGAAGGGUGACCCGGGACUGCCAGGCCCACCUGGCCCUCCAGGGCCCCAGGGAAAACCAGGAACCCCUGGCCUUGCUGGACUUAGGGGAGAGUCCGGGCAGCCUGGACCACCAGGGCCCCUGGGAGAGAGGGGUCUACAAGGAUUCCAAGGGAGAGAGGGGAGCCCUGGAGCUCCAGGUCCAGUUGGACCCCCUGGUUUGUCGGGUCCCCCUGGCGCUCUUGGAGGAAAAGGUGACAAGGGAGAGGUGGGAGUUGGUGUGCCUGGACUGAGAGGAGAGAGGGGAGCACCAGGUCCCAGGGGAGAACAGGGCCAUCAUGGGCUGGACGGAGAAAAGGGCUCAACAGGAUCUCCGGGAGCCAGAGGAGAGAGGGGAGAGAAGGGAGGCCUAGGCCCCCCUGGUGAGAAGGGAGAUAAGGGUGAGACUUUACUCGUCAGUGGCGCUCCAGGUCCAAAGGGAAACAAAGGAGAAAAUGGAGAGCGCGGACCUAAGGGGGUGCAGGGAGAAAAGGGCCUGAAGGGGCAGGAGGGCCCACCUGGUGAACAGGGCCUCAGGGGUGAGCCAGGAGAGAGGGGCUCCACUGGAUUCCAGGGGCCUCGUGGCCCCGGAGGACAGAAGGGAGAGGGAGGGCAACCAGGAGUUCCAGGAGAGUCUGGUUCACCAGGCAAAGAUGGACUUCCUGGAAUGAGGGGCGAGAAGGGAGACGUUGGAAAUAUAGGGCUACGUGGACCCAAGGGAGACAGAGGACCCAAGGGAGCAUGCGGAGCAGAUGGAGCCAAAGGAGAAAAGGGGCCCUCGGGUAUCCCAGGACGACCUGGCCUGUCAGGGAGAAAAGGGGAGCAGGGAGAUGUGGGACCCCCAGGGGUAACAGGGACACCUGGGAAGGAGGGUUUGAUUGGCCCAAAGGGCGACAGGGGCUUUGAUGGACUACAGGGACCCAAAGGAGCUCAGGGUGAGAAAGGCGAAAGGGGCCCUCCUGGUAUACCUGGCCCUCCUGGCCCCAGAGGGGUAGAUGGGGCUCCUGGAAUAACUGGCCCACAGGGGCCAGCAGGGGCAAAGGGCCCCGAGGGUCUUCAGGGACAGAAGGGAGAACGUGGCCCCACAGGCCCUGCUAUGGUGGGGCCCAGAGGCAUCCCAGGUAUCCCAGGAGAGAGAGGAGAGCAGGGAGAAGUGGGUCCAGAAGGUGUCAAGGGAGACAAAGGAGUGCCAGGCUUGACGGAGGAUGAGAUCCGUGCCUUCGUUCGCUCAGAGAUGAGCCUGCAUUGUGCAUGUGGAGGUGUUUCCCCAGACUUGCCGUCCCGCCCGCCGGUCCAGUCCUAUCGGGCACGGCUUAUCCCAGAGCAGCAGGUGUCCCGGCAGGGCGAGGAGGGCCGGGAGCUGCGUGUCGUAGUCAACACCAACGACCCUGACUAUGAACACAUCUACUCCAUUGAGAGCUACGAUGAUCCCAUGGAAGAGGUGAUUGACUUCACCCCGACAGCCAAUCUCAAUAAGGGUGAAGCCAUCACUGUUGAUCCUCUCCAAGCCAUACGACGCAAGAGAGAGGCCCCAGGGGCAGACACUGCCUGCUCCCUGCCUCUGGAGGAGGGCAGCUGCUCGCGGUACACCCUGCGGUGGUACUUCAAUGCCCAGGUGGGAGCCUGCAGGCCCUUCAUCUACAGCGGCUGUGGAGGCAACAGCAACCGCUUCCUGGGCCAGGAGGAGUGCGAGGAGUACUGCCUGGGAAAGAGUGCAGGUGCCAUGUCCACCAGGAGGGGGAGAUGAUCCAUGCUCUGGCCUCCCUUCUCUGGAUCUACAAGG